AUGAGGCUCCGAAAUGGAACUGUAGCCACUGUUUUAGCAUUUAUCACCUCGUUCCUCACUUUAUCUUGGUAUACGACAUGGCAAAAUGGGAAAGAAAAAGUGAUUGCUUAUCAACGAGAAUUUCUUGCUCUGAAAGAACGUCUCCGAAUAGCUGAACAUAGAAUCUCUCAGCGCUCUUCUGAGCUCAGCGCCAUUGUACAGCAGUUCAAGCGCGUAGAAGCAGAAACAAACAGAAGUAAGGACACAGUGAAUAAGUUUUCAGAUGAUACUCUAAAGAUAUUAAAGGAGUUAACAAGCAGAAAGUCUCUUCAGGUGCCAAGUGUUUAUCAUCAUUUGCCUCAUUUACUGCAAAAUGAAGGAAGCCUUCAACCUGCCGUACAGAUUGGAAAUGGACGAACAGGAGUUUCAAUAGUAAUGGGAAUUCCUACAGUGAAGAGAGAAGUUAAAUCUUACCUCAUAGAAACUCUUCAUUCCCUUAUUGAUAAUCUGUAUCCUGAAGAGAAGUUGGACUGUGUUAUAGUAGUCUUCAUAGGAGAGACAGAUACUGAUUAUGUAAAUGGUGUUGUAGCCAACCUGGAGAAAGAAUUUCCUAAAGAAAUCAGUUCUGGCUUGGUGGAAAUAAUAUCACCUCCUGAAAGCUAUUAUCCUGACCUGACAAACUUAAGGGAGACAUUUGGAGAUUCUAAAGAAAGAGUAAGAUGGAGAACAAAGCAAAACCUAGAUUAUUGUUUUCUAAUGAUGUAUGCUCAGGAAAAAGGCACAUACUACAUCCAGCUUGAAGAUGAUAUUAUCGUCAAACAGAAUUACUUUAACACCAUAAAAAAUUUUGCACUUCAACUUUCUUCUGAGGAAUGGAUGAUACUUGAGUUCUCCCAGCUGGGAUUCAUUGGUAAAAUGUUUCAAGCACCCGACCUCACUCUGAUUGUGGAAUUCAUAUUUAUGUUCUAUAAGGAGAAACCCAUUGACUGGCUCUUGGACCAUAUUCUAUGGGUGAAAGUCUGCAACCCUGAAAAAGAUGCAAAACACUGUGAUCGACAGAAGGCAAAUCUGCGAAUCCGUUUCAGACCGUCCCUUUUCCAACACGUUGGUCUGCAUUCUUCACUCACAGGAAAAAUUCAGAAACUCACGGAUAAAGAUUACAUGAAACCAUUACUGCUCAAAAUCCACGUAAACCCCCCUGCAGAGGUAUCCACUUCUUUGAAGGUCUACCAAGGUCACACACUGGAGAAGACUUACAUGGGUGAGGACUUCUUCUGGGCUAUAACCCCAGUAGCUGGAGACUACAUCCUGUUUAAAUUCGACAAGCCAGUCAAUGUGGAAAGUUAUUUGUUUCAUAGUGGCAACCAGGAGCAUCCAGGGGAUAUUCUGCUCAACACAACUGUGGAAGUUUUGCCUUUGAAGAGUGAAAGUUUGGAAAUCAGCAAAGAAACCAAAGACAAACGAUUAGAAGAUGGCUAUUUCAGAAUAGGGAAAUUUGUGAACGGUGUUGCAGAAGGGAUGGUGGAUCCCAACCUAAACCCCAUUUCAGCCUUCCGACUUUCAGUUAUUCAGAAUUCUGCUGUUUGGGCCAUUCUUAAUGAGAUCCAUAUUAAAAAAGUCACAAACUGA